AGCAGUCACGUGCCUCCGAUCACGUGAGCGGUGCCUCUGUCAUUCUACUGCGGCCGCGCCAGCUUCCUUCUACCUGUGCGGUCCUCAACGUCUCCUUGGUGCGGGAACCGCUUCACUUUCGCUCCCGGAGUCUCCUGCCGCUGCUCAGACCUUCGGACCUGACAGGAAACGCCGACUUGGCUCUGACUCGGCGCCUCAGCCCGGCUGUGGCGCCGGCGCCCCUGACUACCCUACGUGCCAGCUUUGGGUGCAUUGUGGGGUCCCGAGAAUUCGCGAGAUUUGUUGAAAGACAUUCAAGAUUACGAAGUUUAGAUGACCAAAAUGGAUAUCAGAGGUGCUGUGGAUGCUGCUGUCCCAACCAACAUUAUUGCUGCCAAGGCUGCAGAAGUUCGUGCAAACAAAGUGAACUGGCAAUCCUAUCUUCAGGGACAGAUGAUUUCUGCUGAAGAUUGUGAGUUUAUUCAGAGGUUUGAAAUGAAACGAAGCCCUGAAGAGAAGCAAGAGAUGCUUCAAACUGAAGGCAGCCAGUGUGCUAAAACAUUUAUAAAUCUGAUGACUCAUAUCUGCAAAGAACAGACGGUUCAGUAUAUACUGACUAUGGUGGAUGAUAUGCUGCAGGAAAAUCAUCAGCGUGUUAGCAUUUUCUUUGACUACGCCAGACGUAGCAAGAACACUGCGUGGCCCUACUUUCUGCCAAUGUUGAAUCGCCAGGAUCCCUUUACUGUUUAUAUGGCAGCAAGAAUUAUUGCCAAGUUAGCAGCUUGGGGAAAAGAAUUGAUGGAAGGCAGUGACUUAAAUUACUAUUUCAAUUGGAUAAAAACUCAGCUGAGUUCACAGAAACUGCGUGGUAGCGGUGUUGCUGUUGAAACAGGAACAGUCUCUUCAAGUGAUAGUUCACAGUAUGUGCAGUGUGUGGCCGGGUGUUUGCAGCUGAUGCUUCGGGUCAAUGAGUACCGCUUUGCUUGGGUGGAAGCAGAUGGGGUAAAUUGCAUAAUGGGAGUGUUGAGUAACAAGUGUGGCUUUCAGCUCCAGUAUCAAAUGAUUUUUUCAAUAUGGCUCCUGGCAUUCAGUCCUCAAAUGUGUGAACACCUGCGGCGCUAUAAUAUCAUUCCAGUUCUGUCUGAUAUCCUUCAGGAGUCUGUCAAAGAGAAAGUAACGAGAAUCAUUCUUGCAGCAUUUCGUAACUUUUUAGAAAAAUCAACUGAAAGAGAAACUCGCCAAGAAUAUGCCCUGGCUAUGAUUCAGUGCAAAGUUCUGAAACAGUUGGAGAACUUGGAGCAGCAGAAGUACGAUGAUGAAGAUAUCAGCGAAGAUAUCAAAUUUCUUUUGGAAAAACUUGGAGAGAGUGUCCAGGACCUUAGUUCAUUUGAUGAAUACAGUUCAGAACUUAAAUCUGGAAGGCUGGAAUGGAGUCCUGUGCACAAAUCUGAGAAAUUUUGGAGAGAGAAUGCCGUGAGGUUAAAUGAGAAGAACUAUGAACUCUUGAAAAUCUUGACAAAACUUUUGGAAGUGUCAGAUGAUCCCCAGGUCUUAGCUGUUGCUGCUCAUGAUGUUGGAGAAUAUGUGCGGCAUUAUCCACGAGGCAAACGGGUCAUCGAGCAGCUCGGUGGGAAGCAGCUGGUCAUGAACCACAUGCAUCACGAAGACCAGCAGGUCCGCUAUAACGCUCUGCUGGCCGUGCAGAAGCUCAUGGUGCACAACUGGGAAUACCUUGGCAAGCAGCUCCAAUCCGAGCAGCCCCAGACUGCUGCCGCCCGAAGCUGAGCCUGCCUCUGGCCUUCCCCACCGCCUCGAUGCAGAACCAGUAGUGGGAGCACUGUGUUUAGAGUUAAGAGUGAACACUGUUUGAUUUUACUUGGAAUUUCCUCUGUUAUGUAGCUUUUCCCAAUGCUAAUUUCCAAACAACAACAACAACAAAACAUGUUUGCCUGUUAAGUUGUAUAAAAGUAGGUGAUUCUAUAUUUAAAGAAGAUAUUACUGUUACAUAUACUGCUUGCAAUUUCUGUAUUUAUUGUUCUCUGGAAAUAAAUAUAGUUAUUAAAGGAUUCUCACUCCAAA